CAACUCGUAUGGCCAAGAGCGCAAAUUAUUUUCGGCAGCCGAUCAAGAAAAGACAUCAAUAGGAACAUGAAGUGCGCCGUGGUCUUCCUCUGCCUCUGUCUGGCUCUGAGCGCAGCUGCGCCCGCGAAUGAUGCGACAAUUGUGUCCCAAUCGUCGGAUGUGCAGCCCGAUGGCUACAAACUGGAGCUGGAGACCAGCGAUGGCACCAAGCGCACCGAAGAGGGCAUCCUGAAGAAUCCUGGCACCGACAAUGAGGCACUCGCCGUCAAGGGCGCCUUCUCCUAUGUGGGCGAUGACGGCGUCACCUACUCCGUCAGCUAUGUGGCCGAUGAGAACGGCUUUCAGCCGGAAGGCGCCCAUAUACCUCGCGCCUAGAGGGGCGUGGUAAUUAGCUUAAGUGAAAGCCUGUUAAUUAGUUUAUAUAAUAAAUGUGAAGCCUUUGAGAAAAGUCCAAAAA